AUGCUGGCAGAAUUCUUCUCCCCGCUCACGGCAGCCGGAACACCUUGGUCGAGGGCGUGGCGCUGGAAACCGCUGCGGUGCAUAGCCCUGCUGGAACUGGGAUGUACCCGCGUUGAUCCAUGGACGGUGGGUGGGGCGGUACCUCAGCUCCAGGUCUUCAGGUGGGCGGCGGUCAGCCGAUGCAUACUCAGUGCCCCAAGAUCUGUACUGUGGCUGAUGAUGGGGCCGGUGGAGAACUACUUGAUCUUCGCCCAUACGGAUGGGGUGUAUUCUCAGUUUUUUUGA